ACGCAACACGUCGGUAGAAAGACGAAAAAUGGCAAAUGGCGAAACAAUUUGAAUGCCAGUUCAAAUAAAUAUUUGUGAAAAAUUUGCGUUAGCUGGGUAAAUGCGGCCUGAAAAUAAUGUGAUGCGGACGGUAUGUGAUGGCGAGCAAGGAAGGAACUGGCCAUCAGCAACAGUUUGUUGAAGAAAUUAACUACAAUGAAAUCGAAACACAGGAGAUUGUUGGGAAAGGCUCCUUUGGAGUUGUCUGGAAAGGACGAUGGAGAGGUCAGUAUGUGGCGGUGAAACACAUAAACUCUGAGGGAGAGAGGAAGGCAUUCACCGUCGAAGUGCGCCAGCUAUCCAGAGUAGCACAUCCUAAUAUUGUUAAACUCUAUGGUGCAUGUACAAAAAAUCCAGUUUGUUUAGUUAUGGAGUAUGCUGAGGGUGGCUCUUUAUAUAAUGUGUUGCAUUGUAAUCCACAACCUUACUACACAGCAGGCCAUGCAAUGAGUUGGGCACUCCAGUGUGCUCGUGGGGUUGCUUAUCUUCACAACAUGAAGCCAAAACCAUUAAUUCACAGAGAUUUGAAGCCUCCUAAUCUUCUUCUCAUCCUGGGUGGUCAGACUCUGAAAAUCUGUGAUUUUGGAACAGCCUGCGAUCUGAAUACUUACAUGACCAAUAACAAAGGCUCUGCUGCUUGGAUGGCGCCUGAAGUCUUUGAAGGAUCGCGGUAUACAGAAAAAUGUGACGUGUUUAGCUGGGGCGUUAUUUUGUGGGAGAUUUUAUCCCGUAGAAAACCAUUCGACGACAUUGGUGGUUCUGCAUACAGAAUUAUGUGGGCUGUGCAUAUUGGGCAGAGGCCUCCGUUGAUGGAUGGUUGUCCUAAACCGAUAGAAGACCUUAUGACCCGGUGUUGGAAAAAAGUUCCAGAAGAGAGACCGUCAAUGGAUGAAGUUGUUCAAAUUAUGUCCACUCUUUCAGAGUUCUUCAACGGUCAAUUGGAUCCUGUUGAAUAUUCUUUAAGCAGUGAAAUGGAUGAGGAAGAUGGUGCUGAUGACACAUUGGAUAUGCCGAGUACCUUAAACUCACAAAUCAACGGUUCUGUAAGCAAUGGUACAAAUCAGACACCAACACCAACAGACAAUCAAGUUAUGUCUGACAUUCAAUUUACACAACCAGAAACCAGCUCGUCACAGUCUCAGGUACCACAGACUGAAUGUAACACAGGGUACCUCACACCUAGGCUGAACCAAGCUGGAACACAGUUCCUUGGACUUCAGAAUAAUUCUAAGCCCAACUCACAAACUGGCGGUAAAACAGAUCUCACGCCACAAAGACCUCCUAGAGGUAUACCUGUGACUCAACGAACCAGACUAUCACCAUCAGUUUUAAACGACUAUACUUCGCCGAUACAGAUAGAGUGUAAUCCAAAUUCUUGGGAUUUAACCACCUCCGAUGACUCUUCCUGGGAGAUACGUAACAUGGCGGGAUUGGACAAAAUGGUUCCAAAGACACAUAAAACUCCUCAAGGAAGCAGCACAACGAGUGAAGAUUUGGAAAACGUCUAUCGGCUGCUGGAUGCAGAAUUGAGGCCACUCACUCCGGAUUAUACGUGUCAACAAUCUCGGGAGAUCUUUGAGGAACAUAAGCAACUUGCUCAAGAGUAUCUCAAGGUGCAAACAGAAAUUGCGCUUUUAGGUCAGCACAAAAAUGAGAUGCUUAAAAACCUCAGCGUUGAUAGUCUACGACAACAACAAGAACUCCGUAAGCUGGAAGAUGAGAAAGAAUCCUUGGUAAAACUAUACUGGAAUUUGAAGAGACAGUUAGAAAUCAUGAAAGGCCAACGAGGUGGCGGCUCCGGAGGUGCGCCUGUAGCCAUGGGGUCUACAGUAUCUGGAGAAGAUGGUUGGGUAGUCGUUCCAUGCCAAGACCCCUCCAGGCUCUCUUGAAUGUGCAUUCUUGGAAAGGUGCACCAAGGUCUUCGUAUUGAUGAAAUAUGUUAUUAAAUACAUAGUUUUAUCGUUAUUUAAGAUCACUCAGAAUAAUCCUUCAAUGUAUAUCGGAGUUAAAGAAACGACGACUGAAUUAGGCAAGGGGCUGAACGAUGAUCUCUCGUUUCUUCAAACAUGUGUUAUUCAGUAUGCUUAUAAUAAUAGAAACCAGGAAUGGUUGUUUUGUACAGAAGACUAGUACAGCGUUGCUAAACUUCGAAAGACAUUCAACAUGGGGUACAGAGCGCCCACAUAAGUCCAGCGAAUGAGUUAAUGUUCAGAGAUAUCGGAAAAUCAAAUAAAUAUUUUCUAGUAGUAAUUUAUCAAGUGUUACAAUGAGCAGAUAUACAUCGAACACGAUCUGCAACGUAACUUGUCCGAAUUGAAAAUAAAUUUUUAUUCAUUUACCCAAAUGGUAUCAGGUGUAUCAAACUUCGAAUUAUAUUUUCACCACCUCUUUCAAUAUCUUACAUAUGUUUUGUAUAGGAGGUUCACAAAUUUGUCCUGAUAAGAUUGACAGCAAUAUUUAUCAAGUAAUAUCCUUAAGAUAUAAAAAAUCAUACACAUCUCAGUUGAAAAGAUCACAUUUAGAACCAAAGUUGGUGAAAAAAUAUAAUGUAAGGAAAAAAUGUAUCAUACAAAAUAGAAAUUCCUAAGCGUCGUAUGGAAAACAACUUAUGAGUAGUGAUGAACGUUUAUUAGUAGUGAUACAUUCUUCAUAUUAUGUCUUCUAGUUAUAUAUUUAUACAAAUUUGAUACACUGAUUUGAACAUAAUUAUUAAUGAUUUUAACCAGCGCUUAAGAAUUGAAUCAAAUAGAAUUUAAAUUGUCGUAGUUAAUAUACAUACCUACGCGCGCGUACAUACACACGCACACACAAAAUCAUAUGUUUUCAAAAUGAAAUUUCGGAUACGUUGUAAAAAUUUCAUUUGAAAUAUACAGUUGACAAAAAUACUUAGACUGUGCUUGGAAUGAGGUAUAGAAGAGGCGUUGACGAGGUUACUGAAAUGUACUUACUACGCCAUUGAAUCACUUCCACGACAUUUUGCUGCGAGUUUGGACUACUUUUAAACUCUGAAAUUAAUACUAUUCAGCUGUAACAUGAACAAAUCUGUUCUCAAAUCGAAUAAAUUUAUGUUAAUAGUAUCUCCUAUAAAUCAUUGAACUUAUCAAACUUAUUGUUAAUCAUAGGUAGCGAAUGUUUUGAGAUUGUGAUUCAAGUUUGUCCAUCGAUAUUUCUUAUCUGCGCAAAUUGCAAACAUUUCAUGCACAGCCAGUAUAUUUAAGUUUUAAGAAAAAAUAAAUAACAGGAUACUUUAAACCGUUCUGUGCUUUAGUAUUGUUAAAUUUUUAAACUGAAGUAACAUACAUAUAAUAUUCUAGUCGAAUGUUGUAAAUAAUCGAAGAUAUUGUUCUAUCAUAUUCCCAUACUUUUUAGAUAUUAUAAAGUACCUAAAGUGCUGGGCGGUGAACGUGUGUUAGUGUAAAAGACUGUAAAUCACGUGUACAUACUCGGUAGUCCCUCUUCUUAUUAACUUGAUACAAGUAAAUCUGAUAACUUAUGCCGAUAGUCAAAAUAUUUUAUCGCAUAUGUGAUAUAUGUUAUACCUUAAACUGAACACAUUUCCGUAUGUUAUGUAACUUAUUGAUAAAUAGUAAUCAAUACGCUUCACAGGGCUGUGUAUCAAAACUUGAUGUAAAGGAAGAGCUAUAAAGUUUAAGACUUUUCCCCUUGCUUUCAUUUUUACAACAGCAUCAGCUUUAGUAUCUUUUGUCUCUACAAGUUGCAGACUGUUUUGGAAAUUUUCGAAUGCUCUACAAACGGCGAAUUGACAAUAAAUGCAUAUUUUUUUGUACGCCCAAUCAUCACUAGAACUUAACGAAUCAUAGGAAAGUGAGAAGAGUGGCUACAUCAUUUUUUGCGUACUAGAACUGAAUCUGCACAUUAGAUCAGAUAAUUGGUAAUGCUGAAACCGACAGUGCUUUCAUAUUGAUCCAUACUCAGCUAAUUGUUUGCAUACAUUUAUGAGAUUGAGUGUGAUAGAAUGACGUGCAGAUAUCUGUCAACCUUUUACUUUUGCAAUAGAUAAAUCGGUAGAAAAUAUCAAAACGAUUUGAAUAACUAUGAAAGGUAAACAUUACCGUUGAGCAGCUAAUCGCAGGGUGUGAUACCGAAGAUUACAGCCUAGAAGCAAAGCUUGUAGACAUAUUCUAGCAAUUGACGAAACUACUUACCGCAUAAGAUAUGGCGCAUUGUUAGAAGAGUACCUAAUUAUGGGUAUUUGAGUAUACUAUUUUUGUUGCUAAAUUAAAACAUUUCCCCUCCACAUUGCGAGGAGCAAAAAAAUUGAAAUACUUGUAACUACCUAUUUAUAAUCAGUUAUUUUCUUAGUAGAAAAGAUGCAUUUCAUGUACUAUUGUGAUGUAUAAUUUAUAAAAACACAGUUUACAUA